AUGGCUCCUCCCCCUUCUUCCUACCGUCCACGGAAGAAGAGAAAGUUCCCCUUGUCGUCCACCGGGUCAAACAACGCCCUUAUUGUGGAUGAUGGAAACGGCAAACAUACUCCUGCAUUCCCUUUGGUGUCCUUCCUAUGGGCAGCUCGAGCAGGUGUGUCUCAAUGGCUCAUUUUACCUCUGAUUUUGAUGGCCGUGGGCCUAUUUCGCUGGGCCGUUAGUUUGUGGGGAUACUCUGGCUUCCAAGUACCCCCAAUGCAUGGCGAUUUCGAGGCACAGAGACACUGGAUGGAGAUAACAAUUAAUUUACCCAUGUCAAAAUGGUACACAUACGACCUUCAGUACUGGGGACUUGAUUAUCCACCAUUGACUGCAUAUCAUAGCUGGCUGUUGGGAAAGAUUGGUACUCUCUUUGAUCCCUCAUGGUUUGCUCUGGAUAAGUCCCGUGGCUUCGAGGAUCCUCGGCUGAAAGUCUACAUGCGUGCCACGGUGGUAGUAUCCGAGUAUCUUAUUUUCAUUCCAGCAGUUGUCAAUUUUCUGCGCCGAUACACGCAAAUGCACGGAGUACCCGUAUGGUCUGCCUCUGUCGCCAUGGUUGCUAUCCUUUUGCAGCCGUCGACCAUUUUGAUCGAUCAUGGACAUUUUCAAUACAACACGGUCAUGCUGGGGCUUGUUGCUGCAAGUCUGGAUGCGAUUUUGGCAGGACGCAUGCUUUGGGCAUGUAUCUUCUUUGUGGGUGCCUUGGGGUUCAAACAAAUGGCUCUGUACUACGCGCCCGUCAUGUUCGCUUUUCUUCUGGGGAUUUGCGUUUUCCCUCGGAUUCAGCUCAUCCGCCUUCUUUGCAUCUCCUUGGUUACGAUUGUUGCAUUUGCCGUUCUUAUUGCUCCACUCGUAGCGCUGCCUAUCGAGCUAGACAAGGGUUCGAUACUUUACGCGCCCUUGCUUCAGCUGACGCAGGUCAUUCACCGAGUCUUUCCUUUUGCUCGUGGUUUGUUCGAAGACAAGGUUGCAAAUGCCUGGUGCGCCAUUCACACCUUUUACAAACUCCAUCGAUUCGAGGCGACUCUGCUCCAACGAGUGUCAUUGGGUGCCACAUUAGCAUCCAUCUUGAUUCCUUGCGCUAUAAUUUUCCGUCACCCACGUGCCUCCUUUCUUCUUCCGGCCUUGUCUACAGUGGCCUGGGGAUUUUUCUUGUUCUCUUUCCAGGUCCACGAGAAGAGUGUUCUACUACCCUUGUUGCCCAUGACACUCAUGCUCUCUGGCGAUGGAGGUCUAAGCAAAGAAACCCGCGCCUGGGUUGGGUGGGCUAACAUGCUCGGCUCUUGGACGAUGUUCCCUCUUCUGCAGCGCGACGGCCUCCGAGUUCCCUAUUUCGUCAUGACAUUCCUCUGGGCCUAUCUACUUGGUCUUCCUCCCGCCUCUCUAGAAGUUUACCGUGGCCGAAGCUCUUCCGAUGACUCCUCACCUCUCCCCGAACCUCACAUUAUCACCAAACUUCUUCAUUUGUGCUUCUAUCUUGCCAUGGUCGCGUGGCAUGUGCUAGAAGCCUUUGUUCCUCCUCCAUCUGCAAAACCCGAUCUCUGGGUGGUGCUCAAUGUGCUUAUCGGUGCUGGCGGAUUUGGACUCGCGUAUUUGUGGUGCCUACGGAAGCUGGUUUUACAAUGCUGGAUGAUUGGGCGCAAAGUGGAAAAGGAUUCGCAGAAAAAGAACCAAUAG